GCAGGAAAAGCUCCUGCAGGUUGGAGAUGGCAAAACAUAGCUUAUUACCAGUCCAAAAUAGAGUAACACAAAACGAAGCUACCACGGUCCAUGAGACAUGCAGUACUACACUACCAUUGACGAUUUCUGAAGCAAAAACCGAUGAGUAUUCAAUGUCCACUGAUAUGAAACGUUCGAAUUUUAAACAAAAUUUGAAAAGCUCUGAUUCAUACCCUGUCACAGCGAAAAGAACACGUCUAUUAGAUUUGUCUCUAUUUAAAAGUUUUGCGUUCUGUGCACUAUGUAUCCAACUAUUUUUAUUUACAUUGUCUUUAAAUUCGACAUUCGUAUUUCUGCCUGCUUUAGCAGAAGAAAAUGGCGUAACGCCGGUUGAAGGUGCUUAUCUUGUCUCUUUGCUUGGUAUAUUGGACGGUGUAUCAAGGCUUGUGAUGUCAUCUGUGUUAGACUUCCAACCCGUUAAACCAUAUAGACUGUUAAUCUACAAUAUUGUGAUGUUUUUUGUCGCUAUUGUUUCUGUUCUGAUACCAUCAAUGAAAGGUUUCUGGCAGUUCGCUGUUGUAAGCGGACUGUAUGGUAUACUUAGUGGUGCGUAUAUGUCUCAGAAGUCAGUGGUGGUAGUAGACAUUUUAGGUGCAGACAGUUUGUCAAGUUCGCUUGGAUUUCUGCUGUUUUUCCAGGGAAUUGGUGGACUUGUAGGACCUACAGUUGGUGGUUUGUCUAAAGACUAUCUCGAUAAGUAUGAUAUGGUGUUCUACUUCGGAUCCCUCGGUAUUGCUACAGGAGGAAUAACAAUGGCAGCUGGAAAUAUUUGGUUGUACAGACAGAGAAAGAAAAAACAAGACCAUGUCCCCGUUGGGUAGUAUCGGCAUACAUUGUUGCAUUAUGACAAUAUUUGAAUGAGUCAUGUGAUAAUAUAAGCCGCAGUAUGAUAAAAUGAAUCAAUAUACAUCAAUAUUGAACAAAACCUUCUCCUUGGGUUUCUACAAAACAACACCUAUAUGUAAUAUGGAAUAUGUAAACUGAAAAGGUUUCAACGAUGGACGGGAUUUUCAUCAGUGCAUAGUGUUUAAUAUGAAUUAAGCAAAAGUCUUCUAUCAUGAAUAACAAGUAAAGAAAGGUCAACUUUAAUGUCCAUCAUCAAACAGAAGUAAUUUUUAUAUCAGUUAUAAUUACAUUCACAAUAGAUAAUAUCAAAUUAAUACAAACAUUCAAUUGAUACAAUUAUAAAACAGAAAAUGUUUGGUCAUCAUCAUAGAUGAUGCACCGUUUAAUCCUAAAUAGAUUUUGCUGAUGCCAGAAGAAUUCUUUCAAGUACAAAAUAACAGUUAUCUUAUUUUCAAAAUAAGACAAAUUAGAACAUUUCUGUAAGAAUUAUUCAGCAAUCUUUACAAGUGUAGAGUUUACCAUGAAAUUUCACAAAGUUUUACUGAAAAUAUUGCACUAUCUAUCAUUAUUCAAGACAGAUGACUUUUUUAAAUUCAUCGCAAUAUCUUCUACAUGCUCUAUGUAUAUCAUUUUUAUAAAAGUUAAAAAAAAGCCUGCGCCGUUGUCAAUGCUUGAAAUAUAGCAUUGCCUUUUAACAGAACAUUGAAUUAAAAAAGCCUGGGUCAAAAAUUGAUAGAAUAACUGAUAACUGUAUAUACAAAUAUAAUUAAAUUCAUUGUUAGAGAUGAUCGCUUUUUUACACGCCUGUUAAAUUCAGCCGACAAGUGUGAUGUUUAGAUCUGAUCUUAUGACUUGGGAUGCAGGAGUUGCUGAACUCGAGGAAGUUGAGAAAUAUUCCUCAAGCUGAGUAACUACGUCAUAACCUUGAGACAGAUGUGAACACGUUGUUAAAGCCACGGGAGGACAUUAGAACUGGUAAACAUACAGAUUUAGUGGGAUUCAGAGACUGUUAAUUUUGCUACGAUAUUAACAGCCAUCCUGUGAUUUUUCAGUUUGCAGUAGCAUAUUUGUUUUAGUAUUUUCUCUAUUUUCUUGUCAAUAUAUUGUAAAUAAACUUCUAAGUAGUAAG